AUGGUCAGCUGUAAGUGCCUCUUCCAUGCAUACUCCGUUUCUGUAAAACCUUUGAGCUUUGACCGGCAAGAUGAGUAUAUCAGCCUUGAAGAAUUAAUACCGUCUGGCGUGGAGAAAAGUCAGUGUAAGAUUUCAUCAGCAAAAGAACCCAAACUCCAUAUGCCAGUAGGAGUUGUCCACUUGUUGUUUGUGCAAAACAUUGGAAGUGAGAUUUUUAGCUCUGAAGAAGCUAUCUCCGUAAGUUCUUCAUCCUCAAAUUUAAGUGAUUUGACUAACAUGUCAGUAGAACUUUGCGGCAAAGUUUUGGCACUGAUUGCAUUCAUCUGCAUAGAGACCAUCAUGGAAUGCUCCCCUUGCGAAGGCCUUUAUUUCUUUGAGUUUGUGAGCUGUAGUGCAUUGGUGGUUACUGGAGUUCUGUUGCUUAUGUUCAGUCUAAAUCUUCACACAAGAAUACCACAGAUCAACUGGAAUCUUACUGAUCUGGUCAACACUGGACUCAGCACUUUCUUCUUUUUCAUUGCCUCUGUAGUACUCGCUGCUUUAAACCAUAAAACUGGAGCAGAAAUUGCUGCUGUGAUAUUUGGUUUCUUGGCAAUGGCAGUGUAUGCUGUGAACACAUACUUAGCUAUUAAAAAGUGGCGAAUGAACAGCAGACAACAAAACAGUCGGCAAACCAGUGAUUACAUGCGCGCUCGGACAGAAUCCAGAGAAGUAGAUCAUCGCCCUGAGAUUCAACGUCUGGAUGCAUGAAAGAGACAUCUGAACGGGACUGCAAAGGGAGAAAGGCGUUCUUAAUUUUCCCUCAUGGAAUAAAGGGUUUUUUUUUUUCCUUUAUUUAAGGAAGAAAAGGAGGAUCAGACUGUGGCAAAGAAUGCCCAGCCCCUGUGUAUGUACAGAGGUGCAUUGAGUCAGAAGCUGUUGUCAUGAAGAGAAUAAAUGUUGAUCACUCAAAAGCAAGAUCAGUUUAAGACAUCCACAUAGAUAGGUAUCUGAAGUAUGUUAAUAUUUUGGAUUAACUGCACAGUACUUUUCUUCCCUCUCCCAAGUACAAGCUCUGAAUAUACGUGUUCUGCCACUAUUUCUUCAUCUACCAUAAACAUGAAGACCAACACUAUAUUUUUGAUUACUAUAAGAAAAAAGUUCACCAAAAGUAGAUUGGGGCAAAUAGCAAUAACUUUAGCAAUGUAUUGUGUCCAACAGCUCUCUGUAGCCUUCCUCAUGUAGCCUUGGCAGUGCAGUUCAGUUCUCAUCUGCAAGACCUUGUGCAGUUUCAUUGUUUGUUUACUUACAUAGCUGAAAUAGACACCAUUUCACGUUUUUGGGUUGAUGGAUAUAAUGAUAAGGUAGUUAUCCUGUGAAUUACUCUGAAAUCAUCAUACUCAGUUUGUGUGUGAUCUCAGUCAGAUCUGAACUUGUGCAAGAUUAGCAUGUUUGCUGAAUGGUCACCAUAAUGCAUCCAGUACAAGUAUGUUGUUUUCUGCUAAUGUUGGGAUACAUGCUAUUUUUUGUUUCAAAAUGGAAAAAAAUGUUUGGGGAGGGAGAGGAGGAGAAAGGGGUUAGAAGGACACAGUGAUGGAGAAUGGAGAGAAAGAAGGGGUUUCUGAUGGACUUGCAUUUUUAGGUGUGUGGUUUUUUUUUUUUUUUUUUUUUUUUAAGAUUCACCCUUUCUGAGAACUCUAGGGUAGGCAGGAACUAGCAAAAAUUUAUGGUGUCUUAUAAAAUAUUUUGAAGAUCGCAAUGUUGCGAUUCAUGUAGGAAAGUACUUUUGGGGGUUAUUUGUUUCUUCUAAAAUUAAAACUGUUGGUAGUAGGUAAAAACAAUGAUUUUUGAUUUGGAUUUUUCCCUUUGGAAAAUGAGUUUAGAUAAUUGGAGGAAGAUAAUUUCUAGUUUCAUGAUUGGUAUUUUUAUGCAUGUAAUCCAUCAUUUGGCAUAUGUGUGCCUACAUAAAGAAAAUCUGUGGGAUGAUCUUUAGAGCUUAAUUCCUACCUGGUUUGAGCUGAUGAAUUAUUUGAAAUUAGUGGAGUUGUAUCCCACAUGGGCCUGAAUUUAUCCUACAUCUGACUUGUAUGCUUUUGGUAUUGUGUUCUUGUGUAACUGUAUCCUGAGUGGAUGAAUGCGGUUAAGUGGAAUCUUAGGAGCAAAAGGCAAUACAUUUCAGAUAGGUCACUUUUAAAUACGAAAUACUUUGAAAAGCAGUUAUAGAAAACAGAAGAUCAGUGCAAAUGCGUGGGUUUGUUUUAAUAUUGGAAGACACUGGGAGAGGACUAGAUUUGAACUUUAUGCUGCAAUGUUUGAAUCAAACAACAGAGAACUAUUUUGAUGUGUGAAAACCAGAUUACAAAAGGUGGGGUAUUUUCAUUAUUCAGUUUGUUGUACGCAUUUCACCUCAAUGACUAAGACUGAAAUCAAAAUUACGGAGGACUUAGUAAAGAGUUUAAAGAAAACUUUCCCUUUUUAACCUAGCGGUGGUUUUCCAGUUACUAUAUUUGACAUUUUAAUUGUGUUUCAUUGAAAGCUGAUGCCAAAGGGAAUGGUGAUUUUAAAAUAUCAAGCCAUUCAAGCUCACCUCUGUUGUUGGAUUUAAAACAGCCAUUUUUGUUAAGGUGGUGUUUCAUCAGGACUACUGGGUGUACUUUCCAUGAGGUAAAUAGUUCAAUGUUCAGUGUGGCAUUAAAUAAUGAAGUUUAUUGUAGCCAAUAUCCUGCUGCUUUUCAGCACUCUGUACCUAGUACAAGGACGAAGCUUACAAGGAGAGUUUUUAGACACUGCCCAUUAUUUUAAAAACAUACACCAUAACCCUUUCAAAAGAAACACCAUCAGAUCCAAACUGGAAUUCUAAAUUGGUAUUAAAGCAAAUGGCACAAACAUUAAAAAAAACAAAAACAAAAAACCCUCUUCAAAUGCAAAAUAUUGUCCUGCAGAAGAUCGAUGCUUUUAGAGUGAAAUCCUCAUCUGAAGCCAAGAAACAGACGUGAUGUGAUACACAGCAAAGGCUUUUCCUUGCGCGUGUAUCCUGUUCGCUGAUUAGCGGAGGGACCAAAGUGGCGUGCAGCAGAAUGCCCCUUUGCUUCUCUGCAGCCGCUGCGUUCACUUCAGAGUUCGCUUUGAGUUUCUCAGAGGUUUGGGAUAGUCUCUUGUGUCUAUAAGUUCAUGGACUUGGUAUCUUUCAAUGACUUACACCUUUCCGUACCUAGAAAAAGGAGAAUUUUGCAGAGCUUUUUCUGAAGUAAGAUCAUGAAAAGCCUUUGACUUUUUGCUUGAAUGACAAAUGCUUCUUAAUUGGUAUGAAUGAUACACAGUUACACUUCUAAUAUGGUAUAAUUUACUUCACCCUCUUGGGUAGUAUACCUGUAUGACCUCAAGUGCUUUUACAUAUUAAAUAUAGUUGUCUUCAGCUGAGAACACUAUGCUGUUAUUUAUUACUUACAUCAAGACUUGAGCUCAGCGCAGCUUUCAGGGUAGAAUUCAAAAAGAAUAUGAACUUAAAAUACUUUCUGAUACCCUUUGUAAGCAAGAAAAGAAGUGUAAAUUUGUAAUUUUCUUAUUUUGGGGACCAAAGAUGAUUUUAGUAUUGUACACUAUAUCCUUUCUAAAAAUCUAAGUUAAGGAUUUAUUGGUCUAUGGAGACAUUAUUUACUCUUUGGAUUAUAGAGAAGGUAAAUACCGUAGAUGUGAGAGAUAAAUUUGAAGUAUUCAGAUCAUAUGAUAUAUAGAUAGUUGAGUUCUUUGUCCAGACUUAAUUUUACACUGUAGUCUUUUGGAAAGAUGGUAAAUAUUUUAAUAAAGACUGUUACCCAAACUGCAAAUAUGAUUAAAAAAAUCACUUAUGGAAGAAAAUAGGACAGAAAGUUUAAUUUUUUGAAACUUGUUGAGAAAAGUCACAUUAAAUUGCUUCUCCCAGCCAGCUAGUCUUGCUUGAAAUUGCUGAACAUAGAAGGAUAACUUAAUUUAUUCUUUAAGAUGCUGCUUGGCUCCACAGAGGGACCCAAAAAGUGGUAUGAAUAAAAAUAAAUUAAAGCUAAACAGUUGAACCAUGUAGGAAUGAGGUGCUUGAAACCGCGCUGGAGUUCUGAUUAUUCCUCUAAAGUCAGCCUGUGCCCUCAGAUAUGCAAUCUUAAUAUAUUUCUGUGUGUAGAAAUGAGGGCAAAAUUUGUAACCAAUGUACAGAUAUUAAAAAAUGAAUUAAACGAUAGAAAAUAAUUGGAGCAAUAGCAAAAGAAUUACUGUGUAGUAUUGUAAGAGUAUGUAUUUUCUUUUAAUGCUAAGUUCAGUUUUGUCAGCCUUAGUUGAAGUUUAUCAUGCCUUCCUGUAAUGAUAAGCAAAUUGCCUAAAAUAGAAGUGAGUUUCUAAAACCGUAGCUAAUAACUAAGUUAACAGUUUAACUGCUCUGUAGUAAAGGUGAUUCCUCCUUACUCUCUACUUGUUCCUUUCAUUCCAUGUAUUCAUUCCUCAUCUGCCUUAUGUUUUGAUAUUUUAUUUUUGUUAAUUCUUUGUCAUUGAUCUGUAUAGUGUCUGCUUCACUAUAUGGAAGAUAAUUAAAAGGACGUUGGACAUGCUAUCAUUAAGUAUAGUAUUCUCCCCUUUUAUAGUAGUUCAUGACGUUUGGGCUGGAUGUGCUGGGGACGUUUUUGUUCUUUCCCUAGAACUCUGGAAGCUAGUUGGUGUGCUACUUGUGUUUCUUCGUACGUUUUCUGUUAGGAGCUGCGACCUCGGAGACUGAACGAAUUAGAAAUUCUUCUACCUCUGCCUUCUUAGAGAGACAAGGUACUGACUCUUGAGAGCUCGUGUCUGUACUUCAGACUUGUGUCAUCGUUGUCCUUGUGUUCAGGUGUCUGGCAUCAGCAACAAGCUAUGCCGUAGAAGCACAUUGCCUUCUUUUGCUCAUAAGAUGUCCCUUAGGGUGUGAAUUUAAAUAAAAUCACUAAUGGAGAGUGCUUCUUCGUAGGCUUUGUCACAUCUGUGUUUCACAGUGCAUCUGAUCGUAUGGUUUAGAAUUGUUUUAUUUUCUCUGUGUUUCAUUAUUAGCUCUAGUAAGAAGAGAGGGAAACUGGGAAGAUAUCCAGUCUUCCUUAAGUUAAUAGUUACUUUUUUUUCUUCUUUUUGUGAAUUACUUUGUACUAUAUGACAAUUGCCCCUUCCUAAUACUACAGGUUUACUGGUCUUAAAGUAAUAUUAUUCUUAACACUAUUAGGAAGAAUGCUGUGGACCAUAGCAGGAAAAUGAUCUGCUACAAGCUGGGUGUGGACUGUUAUCAGUGAAUUAACCACUAGUUUUUCAUGAGCUUUGAUGUGUAAGAUCCCUAAACAAAUUCUGUAUUUGCCACCUCUGUGCUAUUUUGGAGAUGUGCAGGCAGAGCCAAUGCUUAUCUAAUGCACGCUUUUAUUAAUGCAUCCCUUUUUCUCCUUCUCUUUAGUCUUUGCUCUAUAUAUUUUUUUUCACAUGGCACCUUUAUAAACAUUCCUACCUGUUCUUUUUUGUAAAAAAAAAAAAUAAAAUAAUAAUAAUAAAUACUGUUUCAGGGCAUCGUUUCACAAACAGCCAAGUAGCAAUUCAAAUACUAUUAAAAACAAUACCUUCUCUCCUACUUCAGAUGAGAUACUAAACAGCUUUGUAUGUGAAAAUUGGAGCAUAAAGAGCAGGCCUUGCACUGAAAGCUCUCAGGCCAAAAAUCUUCAGCAGAUAUUUAGGAAAAAUAAAUAGGCAGGCAGAAUCCAGUCAUGAGUUUGAGAUCUGAAAAAGGGUGGGAAGGAGUGAGAAAACCAGACUUGACACUUAAUAAUCCUGUGUUUUCAAAAUGAUAUGUGAACAUUAAAGGCAUAAUCCCUCAUUUGAGGAUUAUUAUUUAACAGAGAAGGAGACGAGACACCUUUAAUCAGAACUAAGCCUAGAAAUGUCUCUGGGGUCCCGAUAACCUUAAAACACCCUGAGGUGAAGAGAUUCUGCACUAAUAGUGAUGAUAGAUUUGAAGAUAUAUCUGAGAGAUGUUGUUAAGUGAACGUGAUUAUCAGAUGACUCUUACUCAGUUGAAGCGUAGUCUUUGGCUCACAGAGAGCUGCAGGACUUGGAUGCUUGCAUCCAAAGGGCCGCCUGUAUCUGCAGCAAGGAUAGCGAGACGAGAGAGGACAGAGCGCUACAGGAAGGGCCUCUGAUUUCUGCCCAGCUCUGCACGCUGUGCAGUCCCACUGAAAUGAGUAAGGUCAUCACGUAGCAUUUUGGAAACUCGAGUACUUAGUUCUUGUUCUGCAGUAGCAUGACAUAGUGGAUUGUUUGGAGGAGGGCCUUUAGUCAGUUAGGAUCAAACAGACCGUGCAGAUACAAAUGUUGUGUUUGAACCUGUUUUAGAUUGAGUGGCAACAGAAGUAAUCUUUUAAAAAUGAAACUGAAAUAGGUACAAAAAACAGCAGAAUGCUCUAUUAUUUGCCCAGAAAUAAUGUUUGAAAAUAGUUUGUAGAAAUUUUGCCAUAUUCCUCUCUUUAUUUUAACAGAUGAAAUUAAUUUAAAAAUGGAUUUACACAAAUAAUCAGGAAAUCUCUGGAUGCCGCUUCACAGUUUUUCCUAGUAAACUGUUAUCUCCGUUAGCCACUUGGUCACUUGGUCAGAUCUGUUUGACCAAGUGGGGUGCUGUCCAACCAGAGUUUUUGUUGUUUCGGUCUUAUUUUUUGCGUUAUCUUUUUAAAAUCUGUCUAUAAUUUAACCAUUUGUAUUCUAGAAAUAAUCUUUAAAAAAAAAAAAAAACUACUUACACUGUGAUUUAUAAGAGCCUUUAGAGUAUACAACACAACGUAAUUUUCUUUCACGAUAUGCAGCUUUCAAAAGUGUUCUUAUAUAUGCCCAGAAAUGAAAAUUAUCUAUUUAUCAUAAAAAUAUGAUUAGAUAAAGUCACCUAUCCAGAAUCCCAGUGCAAUUCUUUCAAAUGUGCUGGAUGGAUGAGUUAGUGAAAUUGCCUUCUAAUCUCUAUGGGUUAAUAAAUAUUUUUUUAUAACUAGCCACAGAUAUUCCUUUUUAAAUUAUACUUGGCAAACAGAAGAUAUUUAAUUUUAUAUGCAAUAUACGUAGUUACCUUGAUUGACAUAUUUAUAACAUAGAGCUUUGAGUUUACUAUGAAGGUUUUAUCUGUAUACUAUGGACUUCAUGGGUAAAAUUUUAAAAAGCCAGUUGGCAUAUAUGGAAGGAUAUGGAAACUAUCUUCAUAAAUUCAUAAUAAGGACAUAUGAGCAUUUCAAAAAGCAGUAGCCAGAUCUUAUUGACAGAGUAUCUGGGUUGUUUUGUCUUUGAUCAGGGCUGGUCCCUACAGCUAUUUUAAUAACACCUGGAUGUGCAUAACAGUGAAUUAUGACCAUCUCUGCCUCUUCUGACUGUCAAGGACUGUUGUCCACAAUAUGGUAAAUUUCAGAGUAUUGUAUUUGUUUUGCUUUGGACAAAUGUCUCGAUAGACAUAUCUAGUUAAAACCUUCAUGUAUUUGAAAGAAAAUACCCUCUGCUAACUUGGCUGAUUUAUUACUUUUGGUAACCUUUUAAUUCCGGAAGUAUUAUAGUUUAAAUAUUUUCAGUAAUGUUACGUUUAUCUUGAUGUCUGCAGGUUAAAGUGGUUUUGGCUAGCACCCUUAUAUUACAACAAUUGCUACCUUCAUUUUUAUACUGUUUAUACUUUAAUCUUGAAUGUUUACUGGUUUCUACUUGUUGGAUAUAGUGGAGGGGGAGUAUAUCUUAGCACUGCAGUUCGUCCAGCUUUAACUCAUAGGACACAGUUCAUAGGAAGUUGCUUUGAUUUAUAUUGUGACCAAUUUAUUGCAUUUUAAAAUGAUUUCUACACUUAAGAUUCAACAUUUAGGACGCAAUAUAACAAAUGACUUAGCUAAUCGUUUUAUCUGUCUAGUCUUACUCUCCUCUGUGUUAGUGUCAUUUUGAAACUAUUUGUAUAUGUUGAAGUUUGUAAGGGUUCAGGAACCCACAAUAAAAAUAGUAAAGUACGUAUUUAUUUCUCAUUAUAUUGCUCAAUUUUGAUUUAAAAGUUGACACUUCUUAUGUCUUUCCAUAUAAUUGUAAACAAGUACUGAAAAACUGCUUCACCUAGGGUGCCUUCCAUGUGUGGUAUAAACACUUGUUGGUCAUAAAAAUAGAGAUGUAAACUUAUUAAACCAGUGAACACUAUUUUUGUAUUGUGUUUCACUAAAGCAUUUCUGGCUUUGUGCUUUGAUUCACUGAUACCAGCCUUAUGGCUA